GGCAGUGGGGGCGCGACAUCUUCCAGGAGCGACUCUCACCGGGGAGCCGAUUCCUUCUCGAGUCUGACCACCACAGCCCUCAGUAAUUAUAGCAGCGUCUGAAUUCUGAGCUAAAAACAGAAGUGCAGCAUGUGCCUAUCCCCCAUGUGAUUCAGCGAGCAGGAAAUUGAAAGAGCCUGGCGGCGAGCGGAGGGAGCGCAGCGCGGGCGGCGGGCAGUGCCUGUGUGCGCGCCGCUCCGCCCGGGACGCGGGGCUGGCACCCUCGGGAGCCCGGGAUGUGACACCGCGCCCGGGGACACCGAGCACAGCGCCUGCAUGCUCCGGACCCCCGGCACGGCCGGCUCCAUGAGCAGCGCCGGGGCAUCUCCCGCCUGUGGAUGCGAGCGGGGCGCGACCGGGAUGCGCUAGCUCUGCUCUCCUCCGCGCUCCGCGCCGCCGGGACAGGGCGAUGGACAUGAACAUGAAGAAGUUCACAGUGCGUCGCUUCUUCUCCGUCUAUCUCCGCAAGAAGUCUCGGUCAAAGAGCUCGAGCCUGAGUAGAUUUGAGGAAGAAGGUAUCGUGAAGGAAAUAGACAUCAGUCAUCAUGUCAAGGAAGGUUUUGAAAAAGCAGAUCCUUCUCAGUUUGAGCUGUUGAAAGUAUUAGGACAAGGUUCCUAUGGAAAGGUAUUUCUAGUCAGGAAGAUAAAAGGAUCUGAUGCAGGCCAGCUUUAUGCCAUGAAGGUACUUAAGAAGGCAACUCUGAAAGUUCGGGAUCGGGUACGAUCUAAAAUGGAGAGAGAUAUUUUGGCAGAAGUGAACCAUCCUUUCAUAGUCAAGCUUCAUUAUGCAUUUCAAACAGAAGGAAAGUUGUAUCUAAUACUAGAUUUCCUGCGGGGAGGGGACCUUUUCACCAGACUCUCCAAAGAGGUGAUGUUUACAGAAGAGGAUGUCAAGUUCUACUUAGCUGAGCUGGCCUUGGCAUUAGACCACCUCCAUGGUCUUGGAAUUAUUUACAGGGAUCUAAAACCAGAAAACAUUCUUCUUGAUGAAGAGGGUCACAUUAAGAUAACAGAUUUUGGUCUGAGUAAAGAGGCCAUCGACCACGACAAGAGGGCGUACUCGUUCUGCGGCACCAUCGAGUACAUGGCGCCCGAGGUGGUGAACCGGCGCGGGCACACGCACAGCGCGGACUGGUGGUCCUUCGGCGUGCUCAUGUUUGAGAUGCUGACUGGAUCCUUACCCUUCCAGGGAAAAGACAGGAAGGAGACAAUGGCACUCAUUCUCAAAGCCAAGCUGGGGAUGCCGCAGUUCUUGAGCAUAGAAGCGCAGAGCCUGCUGCGAGCCCUGUUCAAAAGGAACCCCUCCAACAGACUGGGUGCUGGGUUUGAUGGAGUAGAAGAAAUUAAACGCCACCCUUUCUUUGUUACUAUAGACUGGAACAAACUGUACAGAAAGGAAAUCAAGCCCCCCUUCAAGCCCGCGGUGGGGCGGCCAGAAGACACUUUUCAUUUUGAUCCAGAGUUCACAUCCCGGACCCCCACAGAUUCCCCAGGUGUUCCUCCAAGUGCCAAUGCUCAUCAUCUUUUCAGAGGGUUCAGCUUUGUUGCCUCUAACUUGGUGCAGGAGCCUGCUCAGCAAGACGUGCACAAAAUCACUGUUCACCCAAUUGUGCAGCAGUUACAUGGGAACAACAUUCAUUUUACUGAUGGAUACGAGAUCAAGGAGGACAUAGGGAUUGGCUCCUACUCAGUGUGCAAGAGAUGUGUUCACAAAGCUACAGAAACAGAGUUUGCAGUGAAGAUAAUUGAUAAGAGCAAGAGAGACCCCUCUGAAGAAAUUGAGAUACUCUUGCGAUAUGGACAGCAUCCAAACAUCAUUACUCUUAAAGAUGUGUACGACGAUGGGAAAUUCGUGUACCUGGUGAUGGAGCUGAUGCGGGGAGGCGAGCUGCUGGACCGCAUCCUGCGCCACAAGUGUUUCUCGGAGCGGGAGGCCAGCGCCGUGCUCUGCACCAUCACCAGGACUGUGGACUACCUACACUCUCAGGGCGUGGUGCACCGAGAUCUCAAGCCAAGUAAUAUCCUCUACAUGGAUGAGUCAGGAAACCCAGACUCUAUCAGGAUCUGUGACUUUGGGUUUGCCAAGCAACUCAGAGCGGAGAACGGGCUGCUCAUGACUCCCUGCUACACAGCCAACUUUGUCGCUCCUGAGGUCCUCAAACGCCAGGGUUAUGAUGCAGCCUGUGACAUUUGGAGCUUGGGGAUCCUGCUGUACACCAUGUUGGCAGGAUUCACUCCUUUUGCAAAUGGACCAGAUGACACCCCAGAGGAGAUUCUGGCCAGGAUUGGCAGUGGCAAAUAUGCUCUCACAGGAGGAAACUGGGAUUCAGUAUCUGAUACUGCAAAGGACAUUGUGUCUAAGAUGCUUCAUGUAGACCCUCAUCAGCGUCUCACAGCAGUCCAGGUCCUGAGACAUCCAUGGAUAGUGAACAGGGAGUACCUGUCUCAAAACCAACUCAGCAGACAGGAUGUUCACCUGGUUAAGGGUGCAAUGGCAGCCACUUAUUUUGCUUUAAACAGAGCACCUCAGGCACCAAGGCUGGAGCCUGUAUUGUCCUCCAAUCUGGCUCAGCGGCGAGGCAUGAAAAGACUUACCUCUACCAGAUUGUAGCAGUACCCCCAAAAGGCCUCCUUGAAAACCCACUGUUUAUUAUUUGAGAAAUUAAUCUUUUCUUGGCUAGCUGAACUUUUUUGGACAGCCUGCACACGAAAUUGCCAGAACUAGCAGAAGCCCACAUAAGGCAAAGUUCUCAUUUGCUACAUCUUUUCUUUUACAUUCCAGCCAGGGUCCUUGAGUUUAACAACUUCACAAAGAUGUGCCAGUUUUGCCAGUAGCUCUCUUUCUUUACUGAGAUAAAGCCAAAUGAAAUAGGCUAGCUCCAUCCUUUCCACCCUAGGAAAGCUAUUUUUGAGUCCGUAAGAUGUUCCAUGGGAACAGUUUUUAUUUUGUUUCUCAAGAAAAGCACUUUUUGCUAUGAAGAACGAGUCGGGUUAGAAUGCUGUCCCAGCAGGUGUCAUGAUGAAGUGACUUGGCUGAUCACCAGUAGACAUCUACUGAUCUCCACUCACCCCAGGAAGAGUGAAGGCUGCAGAGACACAUGAGUAACACCUUUCUCAGAACAAGUGCUAUACAACAUGAGGUAGAGAGAGCUGGUGGUGGUGGAAAUACCUUCUGUUUCUGAGGAAUCUUUUGCACUUUGCCCCUGCCUUCUCUGGAAUGAAGCUAGCACCUCUCAAGGAGAGUGUGCCACCAGUUCUGACUUGCUCAAAAGUCUCAGAGAGCAAAAAACCUCUGAGAAACUCCAUCUUCUGAGGAAAAGAAUGGAUUGGUCUUGUGAGACUGUGGGAAGGCAUUUGUGUAAAGCAGUGUGAGUAGGAGCCUGUGGAUCAGGCAAGAUAAAGGUCUGGUCUUGGCCAGCAAGCAGGUCUGGGAGGAUGAGGUAAGGGGGCUGGGGAAAAGAACAAAGGCAGGGAGGGUGCGAGUGGUUUUGAGGACAGUAGGCAAAAUAAUGUGAAGGCAGCUAGAGUACAAGUGGCUGGGGCAGACUGUGGCUCCCUGUCAAAGAAGGGACAGUCCCCCUUGCAGUGGCUGGUGCAGAAGACAGAGGGUGGCUGGGCUGCCCAGGGGCCAGGUGGGUGGAGGCAGCCAUCCUCCCACACAUCACCCAGCCUGCUCACCAGGAGCUGUUCUGGCAGCCAAGAGUGCCAGGCUGGAGCAAGAGAGGCCAUGUCCACUCAUCACUCCCUGCCCUCCCCUGGCUGGUCACACAAACCUGCCUCCAUCACCCAGCCUUUCAUCCCUGCCUGGGUGUUCUGCUCUAGCAGAGCUAAACUCCCCAUGCCACAUGUGUGCAGCGAGUACCCACUUCUGAAGAGUUCAGCCAACUCUGUUACAAGCUUUAAUAAUAAUAAAUUAUGAGGAGAAAUGGGAGGAUGCUCUGCUUUUAUAUUUAUAUGAAUAUGUACAUGUGUAUUUAUAUACAUAUAAAACAAAAAUUCUGUGCCCUAAUACCUGGAUUUUCCAGGUCCAGGGAAAGAAAACUUUUGUUGAAAUGGUCUCUGCAAAAUGGACUUUUUUUUCUCAUUUCCUGGUUUCAUAGAAAGCAAGCAAGGUUUGUGGUGCCAGAUGUGAACUAUUUUUUUAUUAUUUUUCUUACCCAUCUUGGCUUAUUGGUGGUCACAAGCUGACCGGGAUUCUUCUUUGUACUGCUUUUGUUAAUUUUUAUUUUCUGAGUGGAUUUUGUCACCUCAGAUGCUUCGUGGGAAAAGCUACUGUGCUAUGUUAGCUUUUUUCUGUUGUGACAGGGGAGGAAAAAAAAAAAGAAAAAUGUGAACAUGGAGCUUCAUAUGCUAGACAUGGUAAUUUUUGCUUGUGCAUCUUGGUGCUGAACUGGAAUUACCAGAUCACUGCCUCAGAGUGUCCAAGGGGGUUCGUUUGCUAUAGUAAUAUUCUUCCUAAAACUAUCUCUCCUUCAAUGUUGAAUGAAGUUUGUUUGCCUUAGUCUAUUUUUAAAUUUAAAUUUAUUCUUAAUAAUUUAAACUGAUAUUUAAUGUUCAAGUUUAUGUGCUGUGCACAGAGGAUCACUGCAAAGCAGCUCUCCUUGAAGCCCUUCUCUUUUCUAAAAUAAACAAUGCUGUGAAAAUUCACACAGAGGCUGAACUGGCUGGGACUGAUGAGUGCAAAUGCAAAGGUGGGUGUCUGUGCUUGUGCACAGCAGCCCACAUUCUCUCCUCUGGCUAAGCUGUGCUCAGUGUCAGCUUUUUGCUGCCUUUAGAAUUUUCUGCUUGUAAGAAGUUAAGUCUCACAUGUUUCUGCUAACAGCACACUGUGAGGAUUCCACUGGCAGGAAUAUCCUGGCUGGUGCAGGACAGCUCUGGCCAGGUCUUGUUUCCCUUGAAAUUACUUCUGUCCUGGAAGAAGGCAAAGUGGGCAUAAGGAUGCAAAGGGCAACCUGGAGGGAGGGCUGGAUUUUCUGGGGUCCCAGCUGAUAUGUGCUGUUUAACAAAAUGUAUUUUUAAUGGUCAGAGGCAUUGCAUUGUAUUGUAUAUGGGCAGAAAGACUAUUGAAAAUGCUAUGCACAGUUUUUGUCUCUCUCUGAGAUUUCCUGGUCAUCUUGCAUUGCUUUAAUUUGCUUUCUCUCACAACCAUUGGAAAAAGUCUAAUUCCCUCUAGAUAUACUCAGUCUUAAUUCUUUGAGCAUUUUUUUCAACUGAAUAUUAUUGUAGGCCAAGCUUACAGGAUGUUGCUCUUCCCAAAGUUCAAAGGUUUUAAUUUUUUCCUUACUUACCUCUUUCUAACCCACCAACAAUUAACAUAGAGACACAUAAAGACUCAUACAUCUUAAUUCUCACUAAUUGCUUUAUAAGCCUAGUAAUAAGUAUAAGCUCAUACAUAAGCUCAUACAUAUAGUGGGCUUUGUUUAUUGAGGUUUUGUUGCCAUUGCAUCCAGAUGUGUGCACAUAUGUGUCUGUGUGUAAACACAUGCAUAAAAAAGUUGCUGUCCCAGCUUGUCCAAAUAAGGGUAGAAGUGUAGUCAGAGGUUGAGGUGGUGAUACUCAGAGUUUUGUCUGCAGUGUUCUUUGAAAUCUCUCAUUGAUAAUGGUAAUGAUUAUUCUGGGUGUAGAAAAAAAGGCUGUGCCCAGCCAUGGAAGAAACUGCCCCAUCCAGCCUCCCCUCUGUCCCAGAUGUGCACUUCCAAGGGAGAUCAGUCUCCCCUCUGUAGUCCUGCCAUGGGAGGUGUUCUUCUGAGGUUUUUCUGUCCUGUUCCAGUCAGGUGAACCCAAUUAAACUAUUUCCACUGUCAGUCUUGCUGAUCUAGCUUGCUUGGACUGAAAUACAAGAGUCUCCAUCAGCAAAUCCAAGGGAGGCAGCAAGGGAGGAAUAUGCCACUGGCAGUCAUUAUUUCAGACUGAUAGCACCCACGGCUCCCCCUGGUCCAGCUGGAUCCAGGAGAGGCUCCAAGGCUGUGGCCUAAAUACUGCUAUGGCUGCUUUUGUACCAGCAUCUCCUUUCUAGACUCCUGGCCAUGGUAUAGCUCAGCAAUAAGCACUUUUUUUUUCUUUCCUAGGAGAAAACUGAAAAAGGCUUAGCCUCUUUCUUUCUCUCUCUCUCUCUCUCUCUUUAUAUAACCUUAAGAGAGUUUUACUAAACGUUAUGUUUAACUCCUGAAAGUCUAAUAAUCUCUUUGAAUUACAACAUACCAUCUUGCAAGCUUUUAUUCCAUAAAGUGACCUAGUGCCUUAGGCUAUUACAAAUAUUAUAGUUACAUUUUUAAUCAUCAAGCUGCACAAUGCAAUGACUGUCCAAGGCAUACUACAAGUGUACCUGUCACAUAGUCAUCACAUCUGGAGGCCCACUUCAAAAUCAGUCACAGAAUGGUUAGAGUUGGGAGGGACCUCUGGAGCCCAUCUAGUCCAACCCCCCUGAUAAAAGAGGUUCACUUAGAGCAGGUUGUCCAGGACCAUAUCCAUGCAGGUUUUGUUGUUCACUCCAGGAGAGAAGUGUCUGCCCAGCAAAGAGAAGGCAUAUCCCCACAUUUUGCAGAGCUGUACCUCACCUCUGCAGCUCCAGGAUUCUGAAGAAGCCAAAUGGCCCUGAUGAAGAAUAUCAUGGGAAGCAUUAUCCCAGUUCCUACACAGCACCACAGCUUGUUUAUAUAGCAGAGGUAUGGGAGAUGCUGCUCAAAGGGAGAACUCACCCCUGCCCCAGCCCCUCAUGAAUUUUCACUUAUUUAAAAUCAGUUUAACUUUUUCUAAGCAAGUUUCAACAGCAGAUAGCAUUUAUAAAGCCUGUUUCAGCAAAUGACAAGUGACCUUCACAGACACGUUGUUAUAAAUCCCUACAUUUGAAAAAGAAUUCUAGCUGAUAAUAGAUUCUGCUUUGUUUCCUCAGAAAAAAAAUCUUCUUCAGCUCUCUGAGAGCACAGGGUGCUGGGAAUAGCCCAAGGACAGAGCCAACCGUGCUGUCAACACUGGAGUGGCUACCUCUGCCCCUCUGUUAUGCUGAGCAGAGCCCAGGUGUGGCUCAGAGUCAGGGCUAUAAAUAAUAUUUGUACAGCAGCAGGUUCCCAGUGCCAAGCCCUGUGCACAGAGAGAGAGGACAAGUCCAGGCUUCUGAAAAUUUGCCACAAGUUCAUACAAACUCCCUGUAACCAGAAGGUGUAGGGCCACAGAUGGCAUGUCAUGGGGAAAUAAUGUCGACUGUAUGUAUUUUUGCCACCAUUACCUUAAUAAAAGUGAUAGAAAGCCCCCAGGGUUUUGUUUUUAAAUCCCCAUUUUUGCAAAGGAAAUUCUCGAUUUUGGGGCAGGCUAUAGCUUUCUCAAUCCUUAGGAGUAAGGCUGUCAAACACAGAAGAUACAGCAGAUUACUAUAGCAGAAAAUAUAUUGUAGUUUUCACUGGAAAAUUAUUUUCAGGCAGGUGUUUUGAAGCCCUCUCUUAGGAUAUGUGUAUCAGAAAUGCCAAAGCAAAUAUUUAGAAAAAAGGUUCCCUUGUUGAACAUCCAGAGGUGAUACCUUUAAGCAAGAGCCACGUGAGCUCCACAUUCACAUAUCCGAAUUCUGAAAGGCAGGCAAGCAGCACAAUCCUUCAGAUAGUCCUUAUAUUAAAAAAAAAAAAAAAAAAAAAAAAAAAGUCUAAAAUCAUGUUAAUAAGAUGCUUUAGUGUCAUACAUUAAAAAAGAAAAAAAGUAAAAUGUGCAAGCCCAUUUUUCUUUUCCUCUUUUGAAGUAUACAUAAUUUUCCUUUAGAAGUGUAUAUUCUUACCUUCUAGCUGACCCUGAUCAUGAAAUGUUGUGUUGCCUCAAAAUACUGAAGUUAAGAUUCUUCUGGUACCUAAGGUCCAGAACUCUGAACACAGUCCCACACACCUCUCUCCUUGUCUGUCCACAGCAGACACACACAAUUGCACACCCUCUCCUUUUCUGAAAAUCAGCAAAAACAUGAUAAUUUAAACUCAGAAGAUAAAAUGAAGUUAAAAGUAAGGUUCUCAGUGUGUAGAGGACUAAAACUCUUAGUAUUCAGGUGAAGGAUGGAUUGAAGCCUGUGCAGAACAAAAAUGUUACAGAGUAAGUAAAGUUACAGUAAUUCUUACAGCCAAAUUUUAUCUAGACUCUCUUCAUAGAUUUUUGUAAACCUCGACCUUGCAUUUCCAGGUGCAAUUGGUGACAACACAUGUAUAUCAGCCAGCAUCUGAUCAUGCAUUUCAUCACAAGGCUUGCACAUGAAAAUACUUUGCAGCCUGAAGUUUAGAAUCUAAAAUUAAGAUUUUGGCCCUUUUUGUCAUCCCAUAUUGUGUAAACCAUGAUAUUCAGUGUUGAACCAUUCAUCCACUACUUCUUGCUUUGGUAUACAUAGUUACAGAGUCAACUUGUGCUCUAUUAUGUCUCCUAAAUUGAUGUUAUGGACAUAUUGUUUAGCUUGAAAGAAAAAUGAGGAAAAUGCAUGCCUCCUUUGAUGAAGGCAAAUUUUGAAAGGAGAGGCUGGAAAAUAUGCAUUUGAAGUGCAGAAAAUGAAAACCAGUUGCUAAAAGAUUGUUUCUGAUUUGCUACUGGGAGCCAAAUCAUGCUGCCUUCACUCCUAUGUUAAUUCCUUAAUCCAUAAGCACCUUCAGUGACUCUAGUGGGAGGCUCAGUCAGGUCCUCUUUACUGUUGCAGUAGUGGAGUCUGGCCAUUAGGUGAUGAUCUGUGCAAGGGAUUUACUUGGGUAGUAUUAAAUUGACAAAAUAUGAACCAUGAUCUAGCACUUUGUUUACAGGCUCCAUAUUCAUGUUUACAAAACGAUGAUUUCUGAGGUUCAUGUUUUUAUGUUUCCUGUAUGAAAAGGGCAGCCAGUGUACAGAUAUUUGUUAUGUUUACCAGCGUUUCUGAAUAGAUUUUUUUUAUAGUACAUGGUUUUAUGAAGUGUAAUAUUUUUAUAGCAGAAUGAUGAUCUUUGGACUUUCUAUAUUGUUACCUACAAUUGUUUGCAAACAAGCUCCUUGCUCCCUUUUUUCUGUGCACUGUAUCCCAUGUUGCUGCUGCUAAUGUUGCUGGCCUCAGCUGCUGCUGCCCCACCAUGAUGUGGGCUGAUGGUAUUGUGAAACUGUGCAAACUAACUUCAAAGAGCUGUGAUUGUGCUGAAGGGCUGGCUGCAUGCUGGGUUCCUCCUGGCAGGAGGGAUGGGGAGCUGUACCCUACCAAGGCAAGGGUUUACUGUGGAUGGCCCCCAAGGAGAAGCCUCAGUGCUCACCUUUGUCUGUAUUUUGCCAUUUUGGUUUGGCAUGCCCAUCCUUUCCUUUCUUUAUAAAGAAAUAAAAAGAAAAUAAAUUUAAAAAAAGA